AUGUCUCAUUCAUCGUUCACAUUGCGGGGACCGUUGCCUAUUCCUUCGCAACCUGUCAUGCACACGGUUCCGCCACCUUUACCUCCACCGACGCAUAUCCGCGAGUUGGAAACUGGCUACGAUGCGGGUUGGCGUUACGCUAACUCAUCUCGUGCUACAACGCACCUUCCUCCGCUCAAUUCAAAUUCAAGUCUGCUCGGUGGUCAUCGGCGGGCGGACGUUAUACCCCACAGCGACUCAAUGGAUAUUGAUGAACUUGACGGACGGCAAAACAGAACACAAUCGUCUCACAGCUCAGGAGCGCAAAUUAGAGUCCAACCACCCCCGCUGACAAAUGAGGGAUUCCCAAAUUCCAUAUCCGUCCUUCCAACAGGUGCUGUUCUCAAAGGCGAGCAGAACUUUUCACUUAGGAGUGUCAAAGAUUCGUCGAAUGCGUACGAUCAACACCUGCUUUCUAAGAUUGGGAAUUCCCUUUCGCCACGCAAUUCCAUAAGUCAAGGAUCAGAUCAUCGUGGGUCAAUAUCAACAUUGACCGUACCAUCGAUUUCCUCUCGCGCAUCCAGUAAUCUCCCCUCUCCGGGAGCUUUGGAUGCAGGGUCUAUCCUAGAUCUGAAAUGGUUGCCCAGUCCCCAAGCAGAUGCGGUUUCCCCAAGGAGUAAAUCACAUUGGCUCGACCGCUUUGAAGGUCGAAGCCCUAGCGAGGACAGCAAUACCCCGUCUGCCAUCUUCGACCACGAUGGUAUGCGAGAAGGUGGUCGACGACGAUACCAAGGAACGACGCCCUCUCGGGAGGACAGCAUUAGCCUACCCAGCCACUCACAUCGGGGCAGCUACGACCUAGGCGUCUUCUCAGACUACGAGAAUGAAUCCCAAGCGGAUGAGUCCGCACGCCCGCGCCAGUUCAUUCUCCGAGAGCCCACACCUCCGUUCCGCGAUGGAACAAAGCUGGGUAUGAAGCGAAGGGCGUCCUCACCCCCACGGGAACCAAUGGGCGAGAGCCUUCAUUUGAUGACGAAUAAUGGGGACUUGUCACAGCGACGGACCAGCGGACAGCCUUUCGCCAACACUUUAUCCGUGAAUACCAGCUAUCCUUCGAGCCGCCGCGCCCUCUCGGCGUCGUCAUCACUCAGCAUUCGAACUUCUGGUUCAUACUCUUCUACUCUGUCAAUCGGUGGGAGCAGCAUGACCAGCCUGUCACCGUAUGACCGGCUAUCUCCCGGUGGACUUUCGUCUUGCUCUGAUCUCGAUGUCUAUCACGAAAAAUCAAUUCUCAACACCAACCCUCCUGCGUCUCUCGUUCAAGCACUACCACGACCUAUCAACAUCCCGAGCUCGCUGGAGCCUCCGGUGAUCGAUUCGGCCGGGAAAGUGAAUUUGCCCAACGUUUUCAGUGUACCCAGAAUAUCGCAUGGAUCAAAGAUCAGUGGGCUGUACAUUUGCGAUUGUUGUCCGAAGAAACCCAAAAAGUUCGACAACCCAGAGGAUCUUCGCUCUCACGAGAUGGAAAAGCAGUACUCCUGUCAGUACUGCAACAACCGCUUCAAAAACAAGAACGAAGCAGAAAGACACCAGAACUCCCUCCAUCUACGCCGUUACUCUUGGUCCUGCGCCGCUCUUCCCAGCUUUAAGGCGGCCUUUCGUGCGUCUUCGUCGCCAUCGUGCCAAACCAGCGCUGGUCCCUCGCAUGAUUCAUGCGGAUAUUGCGGCAAAGAGUUCUCCAACUUCCCGCGACCGGACUGGGAUGGGCGGUUUGAGCAUCUGACAACCUUGCACAAGUUUGGCGAAUGUAAUAAUGCGAAGAAAUUCUUCCGCGCAGAUCAUUUCCGCCAGCACUUGAAGCACAGUCACGCAGGAAGUAGUGGGAAAUGGACCAACAUUCUUGAAAAUGCAUGCAUGAAAGAAGAACAACCACCUGAACCGAGAGACAAGGCGAGAAAUGUAUCCGGGUCACAAAAAUCAGGGCCGUUACCUACGGAUAUUAUUGACGAAGUCAUUCGCGAAGAAUGA